UGCAUCUGUUUUGGCCGUCCGUUCACAUGAGAUGUCCUUCGUUUAGUCGGAAUGUCGACAGAUUUGACAAUGUCAAUGUAUGUGAUUCGAAAUGAGAUGUUCAAUGAUAUUCCUUUUACGAGGCUGCUUGACUGGUCUAAUCAUUAUGAGAUCGCUUAGCGGACAGCGGAUAACAAUUAUUCGAAGAUGCGAUUUCAAACCCGACCAGUUCCACAGCAUCGUCCACCUCUAGCAGCCCAAGUAGAGAGCUCGCUGUCGAAGUCAAAUACAAGAUCUCAAGGACCAACUUGACGACCAAGCCACAAGUGACGGGCACAUUGCUUGCUUAUAGUCCUUCAACGGCGUAUCAACGAUUCAGAAUGGGCUUCGCGAUGGAUGAUAUGAGCGACGUCCGGAACUACUCUCAACGGAUUACUCUCACUAUCGCUCCGACGACCUACUGGCCUUACGAUGACGAUGUGGUCGCAUUGGCACCUUUGGAGGCGCCGCUCGCCAUGCUCCCAGGUUUAGAGCCACACAGUUUCGGUAUGAAAACGCUUCAAGACCCCCAGCUGAGCGUAAAUGAGUCGUACGCUGAUUUACAUUUGAAGGUCACGUAUGACGGACAGAGUGAAGAUGUGGCGGUUGGUUUCAAGUUUGGGGCGGAGGGGGAUACAUUCGACUGUGGGCCCGCCAACGAGUAUAGGUGGUGGUCCGUUCGAGUGACCAAUGGUUCGACAUUAUCGUACUGAAUAGUCGUACUCGUCGUACUGUUUACUGCUUGACCUUCCAUACUAGAAUUAUGGGGGUG